AUGGCAGCUGCUACUUCAUCAGCUCCGGCGCCGAUCGACUACUCCAAUGCCAAUGAUGGUACUGGAGUCAUCGCAGGUGACCCGUGGCUCGAGCCGUUUGCACCUGCUCUCCGCGAUCGAUAUGCCGUCUAUGCCGACUGGGUCAACAAGAUCAAUUCCUCCGAAGGCGGCCUAGAAAAGUUCUCCCGCUCGUACCGAAACAUGGGCUUUCAAAUCGACGCCUCCACUCAGGCCGUCACCUACACCGAGUGGGCGCCCAACGCAGUCGAGGCUUCUUUGAUCGGCGACUUCAACAACUGGUCGCGCGACUCUCACAAAAUGACCAAGGACGGGUUCGGAAAGUGGCACAUCACCAUCCCACCUCUAGCUCAAGGCCAAUGCGCCAUCCCGCACGAUUCUAAGAUCAAGAUCUCGUUUGUCCUUCCUUCAGGCGAACGCAUCGAGCGUCUCCCUGCGUGGAUUCUUCGUGUUACUCAGGAUCUCAACGUCUCGCCAGUUUAUGACGCUCGCUUCUGGAAUCCUCCCAAGGAGCAGCGCUACACCAUGCGAUCUCCCAAACCACCCAAACCGGACAACAUCAAGGUCUACGAAGCCCACGUCGGGAUCGCCACUCCAGAAGCACGCGUUGGUCAAUUCAAAGAGUUCACAAAGAACGUCCUCCCACGCAUCAAGGAGCUCGGCUACAACACCAUCCAGCUCAUGGCCAUCCAGGAGCAUGCCUACUACGCCUCGUUCGGCUACCAAGUCACCAACUUCUUCGCAGCCAGCAGCCGCUACGGCAACCCAGAAGACCUGAAAGAGCUGAUCGAUGUGGCCCACUCGAUGGGCAUCACUGUCCUGCUCGACAUCGUCCACUCGCACGCCUGCAAAAACGUCCUCGACGGCCUCAACAUGUUUGACGGCACCGACCACCUCUAUUUCCACGAAGGCGCAAGGGGACGCCACGAGCUGUGGGACUCGCGCCUCUUCAACUACGGCCAUCACGAGGUGCUGCGCUUCCUGCUCAGCAACUGUCUCUUUUGGAUGGAGGAGUACGGGUUUGACGGAUUCCGAUUCGAUGGUGUCACGUCGAUGCUCUACACGCACCACGGCAUCGGCACUGGAUUCAGCGGUGGGUACCACGAGUACUUUGGUCCUUCGGUCGACGUCGAAGCCGUUGUCUACUUGAUGCUCGCAAACCAGAUGAUCCACCAGUACAACCCCAACGCCAUCACCAUCGCAGAGGACGUCUCGGGUAUGCCUGCGCUCUGCCGACCUGUUUCGGAAGGCGGUGUAGGCUUCGACUACCGUCUCUCGAUGGCUGUACCCGAUAUGUGGAUCAAGCUGCUCAAAGAAUCCUCCGACGAAGAUUGGGACUUCGGCAGCAUCUGCUUCACCUUGACCAACCGUCGACACCUCGAAAAGUCGAUCGCCUACGCCGAAUCGCACGAUCAGGCACUCGUGGGUGACAAGACGCUGGCGUUCUGGUUGAUGGACAAGGAGAUGUACACCAACAUGUCGGACCUCACCGAGCGCACGCAGGUCAUCGACCGCGGGUUGGCGUUCCACAAGAUGAUCCGACUCAUCACCCACGCACUCGGAGGCGAAGGUUACCUCAACUUCAUCGGAAACGAAUUCGGUCACCCGGAAUGGCUCGACUUCCCACGCGAGGGAAAUGGGAACUCGUUCCACUACGCACGACGACAGUUCAACCUCGUAGACGACCACCUCCUCCGCUACCGGUACCUGUACGCCUUCGACGCCGCGAUGAACAACGCCGAGGACAAGUUCAAGUGGUUGGCGGCGCCUCAGGCGUACAUCUCGCUCAAGCACGAAUCGGACCGUGUGGUUGCGUUCGAACGCGCAGGUCUGCUGUUUGUAUUCAACUGGCAUGCGGAUAAGUCGUACACGGAUUACAGGGUCGGUGUGGACGUACCCGGGAAGUACAAGGUGUUGCUGGAUACGGAUGAGAAGAGCCUGGGCGGUCACGGACGGGUCGAUCAUGCCACCGAGUACUUUACGACGGAUAUGGAGUGGAAUGGCAGGAGAAACUUUGUCCAGGUCUACCUGCCUAGUAGGAGCGCUAUCGUUCUCUACAGAGCCGGUUGA